ACGCGCAGCCGCGUUAAUGAGCCGGCUCUGCGAGCGUCCAGCGGACUCAGAAAUACUUACACGUUGCUGCUUCAGGAAGCAAGCCCCUCUAUUUUGGUCAGAAUGGAGCAGCCAAAGGGCGUUGAUUGGACAGUCAUUAUCCUGACAUGCCAGUACAAGGACAGUGUCCAGGUCUAUCAGAGAGAGCUGGAAGUACGGCAGAAGCGGGAGCAGAUUCCUGCUGGAACGAUGUUGCUGGCUGUGGAGGAUCCCCAGACUCGAGUGGGCAGUGGAGGAGCCACUCUCAAUGCGCUGCUGGUGGCUGCUGAACACCUGAGUGCCCGAGCUGGCUUUACCGUGGUCACAUCUGAUGUUCUGCACUCGGCUCGGAUUCUCAUCUUGCACAUGGGCCGAGACUUCCCCUUUGACGACUGUGGCAGGGCUUUCACUUGCCUCCCCGUGGAGAACCCACAGGCCCCUGUGGAGGCCUUGGUUUGCAACCUGGACUGCCUGUUGGAUAUCAUGACCCACCGGCUGGGUCCGGGUUCCCCACCAGGUGUGUGGGUCUGCAGUACCGACAUGCUUCUGUCUGUUCCUCCAAACCCUGGGAUCCGUUGGGAUGGCUUCCGGGGAACCAGAGUGAUCGCCUUUCCUGGGAGUCUGGCCUAUGCUCUGAACCAUGGUGUCUACCUCACUGACUCGCAGGGCUUUGUUUUGGACAUUUACUACCAGGGAACAAAGGCGGAGCUACAACAGUGUAUAGGGCCCGACGGCCUGGUACCACUGGUCUCUGGAGUUGUCUUCUUCUCUGUGGAAACUGCCGAGCACCUGCUGGCCACCCACGUGAGCCCACCCCUGGACGCCUGCACCUAUAUGGGCUUGGACUCUGGAGCCCAGCCUGUGAAGCUGUCUCUGUUUUUCGACAUCCUGCUCUGCAUGGCUCGAAACGUGAGCAGGGAGAGCUUCCUGGCUGGGCGGCCCCCGGAGCUGGGGCAAGGUGACAUGGAUGUAGCAGGUUACCUGAAAGGAGCCCGGGCCCAGCUGUGGAGGGAGCUUCGAGAUCAGCCCCUCACUAUGGUGUAUGUCCCUGAUGGCGGCUACAGCUAUUUGACUGCUGAUGCCACCGAGUUCCUGCACAGCCUCACAAUGCCUGGGGUUGCUGUGGCCCAGAUCAUCCACUCCCAGGUGGAGGAGCCACAGCUGUUGGAGGCCACUUGCUCCGUGGUCAGCUGCCUGCUGGAAGGUCCUGUACAGCUGGGGCCUCGGAGUGUCCUGCAGCACUGCCACCUGAGGGGGCCCAUUCACAUCGGCGCUGGCUGCUUUGUGAGUGGCCUGGACACAGCCCACUCGGAGUCGCUUCAUGGCCUGGAGCUCUAUGACGUCAUCCUGCAGGGACACCAUGUGCGGCUGCAUGGCUCCCCAAGCCGAGCAUUUACUCUUGCUGGACGUCUGGACAGCUGGGAAAGACAGGGGCCAGGCAUGUAUCUCAACAUGUCCUGGAAUGAGUUCUUCAAGAAGACAGGCAUUCGAGACUGGGACCUGUGGGACCCAGACACGGCCCCCUCAGAUCGAUGCCUUCUCAAUGCCCGCCUUUUCCCUGUGCUCCACCCCGAGAGGGCCCUGGGUCCCAAGGACGUGCUGUGGAUGCUGCAUCCCCAGGGGGACAGAGGUGAGGCCCUGAGGGCCUGGCGAGCCUCUUGGCGCCUGUCCUGGGAGCAGCUGCAGCCUUGCCUGGACCAGGCUGCCACGCUGGCCUCCCGUCGAGAUCUGUUCUUCUGCCAGGCCUUGCAGAAGGCACGGCAUGUGCUAGAGGCCCGGCAGGACCUCUGCUUGCGUCCACUGAUCCGGGCUGCUGUCGGUGAGGGUUGCUCUGGGCCCCUGCUAGCCACGCUGGACAAGGUUGCAGCUGGGGCAGAAGACCCUGGGGUGGCAGCCCGAGCUCUGGCUUGUGUGGCAGAUGUACUGGGCUGCAUGGCAGAGGGCCGAGGAGGCUUGCGCAGUGGGCCAGCUGCCAACCCUGAGUGGAUUCAGCCUUUCUCAUACUUGGAGUGCGGAGACCUGAUGAAGGGUGUAGAGGCACUCGCCCAGGAAAGAGAAAAGUGGCUGACCAGGCCCGCCUUGCUGGUACGAGCUGCCCGCCAUUAUGAGGGGGCUGAGCAGAUCCUGAUCCGCCAGGCUGUGAUGACUGCUCGGCACUUUGUCUGCACCCAGCCAGUGGCGCUCCCAGCACCCGGGCAGUGGGUGCUGACCGAGUGUCCAGCCCGUGUAGAUUUCUCUGGGGGCUGGAGUGACACGCCACCCAUUGCCUAUGAGCUUGGGGGAGCAGUGUUGGGCCUGGCUGUGCGGGUGGAUGGCCACCGGCCCAUCGGGGCCAAGGCGCGCCGCAUCCUGGAGCCUGAGCUGUGGCUGGCAGUGGGGCCUCGACAGGAUGAGAUGACCCUGAAGAUAGUGUGCCAGAGCCUGGAUGACCUGCAAGAUUACUGCCAGCCUCACGCCCCAGGGGCCUUGCUGAAGGCAGCCUUUAUCUGUGCGGGGAUUGUGCACGUCCACUCAAAGGUCCCUCUGCGUGAGCAGUUGUUGCGCUCCUUCAGUGGUGGCUUUGAGCUGCAUACCUGGUCGGAGCUGCCGCAUGGCUCCGGUCUCGGCACCAGCAGCAUCCUGGCAGGGGCCGCCCUGGCUGCCUUGCAGCGGGCUGCGGGCCAGGCAGUGGGCACAGAGGCCCUGAUCCACGCAGUGUUGCACCUAGAGCAGGUGCUCACCACAGGAGGUGGCUGGCAGGACCAAGUGAGUGGCCUAGUGCCUGGCAUCAAGGUGGGACGCUCCCGGGCCCAGCUACCCCUAAAGGUGGAGGUGGAGGAAAUCACUGUGCCUGAGGGUUUUGUCCAGAAGAUCAGUGACCACCUGCUCCUGGUGUAUACUGGCAAGACCCGAUUGGCACGGAAUCUGCUGCAGGAUGUGCUGAGGAACUGGUAUGCUCGGUUACCUGCUGUGGUGCAGAAUGCUCGCAGACUGGUGCGACAGACUGAGAAGUGUGCUGAAGCUUUCCGUCAAGGAAACUUGCCUCUCCUGGGCCAGUACCUGACCUCAUAUUGGGAACAGAAGAAGCUUAUGGCCCCAGGCUGUGAGCCACUGGCUGUGAAGCGAAUGAUGAAUGUCCUGGCUCCUUACGCAUAUGGCCAAAGCCUGGCAGGGGCAGGCGGUGGGGGCUUUCUCUAUCUACUGACCAAGGAACCGCGGCAGAAGGAGGCUGUAGAAGCUGUGCUGGCCAAGGCUGAGGGCCUUGGCAACUACAGUGUCCACUUGGUGGAAGUGGACACUCAGGGCCUGAGUCUGCAGCUUCUAGGAUGUGACACUCAUCUUUGUGGAGCUGGGCCCUCCGAAGCAGGCAACACCUAGAGCUACAGCUGCAUUUCCCUUCAGUGGAGCUCAGUUUGCUAUUCCUCACCUACCUCUUAAAGUCCGCUGAUAAGGAAGCAAGACUUGUGCAGAAGAGGCAGUGUUUGCGGACAGGACUGUACUUCUGGUGGGCAGCGGCUACGACAGCAUCUACUGCAUUUGGAUCAAGAAAGGUCUCAGUGCCAGUGUCUCACGUGGACUUGACGAAUUCCACGGCCCAGUAGAGGCCCACUAGGGCCCUGGAAAGAAUGACAAUCAGACCAACCCUGAUGAUAUCCUUUUAGGGCAUUCUCAUAUUCAACUUUGAUCCUCAGCCUUCUAGAGUGCUGGGGCAGCAAAGAGUGGAGGUCCUUUCCCAGGUCUGUGGCAGUGAACCAGUACAGUUUACAGCAAGUUUUUGACUUUUAACUUGAGCCUUUUCCAGCAACACUACAGACAAUACUAAGGGAACAUGGUGGCAGUGGGUUCUCAACACUGGCAUUCUUGGAAUAAAUUCUAAUUUUCAAGGUCA